UUUAGACCUCAAAACCUUCGACUCCGGCCGCCGCUGUUCCUACAGAAGACGAAAAGCGAGCCGAGAGACUGGCGAAAUUAGAAGCAUGGAAACAGAAGCAGGCCGCCGAGAAAGAACGAAAGCAACGGGAGGCUGCUGCAUCUGGUGGCGCGAGGAGCAUUUUGGAAGAGAUUGAUAGGAAGUCUGGUUUAUCCCCGGCUGUUAGGUCUCCCCAGUCUCCUGCAACACCAGGCGCCGAUGUUCCUCCUCCUAUGUAUACUGGAAAGUUCGACCCAAAAGUUAUUGCCAAGAAUGCUGCUCAAACCCACGCCACACCGUCGGUUCUGGGUAAUGAUGUUGCCGUUCCGGCCUCGAUCAAGCCAUCGCCUGGACUGUCAGGUACGACUGCUCAGGUACCUACGGACAAGAGAUUUCCGAGCACAACUACAGCCUCAGCUGCCUUGAAAGCAAAGGGUAACGUCGUCGGGAGAUUCGGCCUGGGUUCCAAACAACUGGCGGAUGCCGAGAAACCGUCUGCUACGAGAACACUUGGGUUUGGCGAGGAAGAGUCCACCCGCAGGAAAUUAGAAAAGCUGCCCACUCCCCCGUUAGACGAUGUAGAAGAUGCUAAUAAAGCAGUGGAAAUGACUGUCGAGGAUGACGAUGACGGCGAUGUUGACAUGCAAGAUGGCGGAACUGAGGAGGAGAACCUGGCUGCUGCCCGUGCGGCUGCGGAACGGCGUUUACAAAGUGAAUCUCUAGCCUCACAGCCAGAUAUCAACGGCCAGACCAAUGGCCACGCACAAACGAAAGAAGACACAUCUGAUGAAAUGGAAAUCGAUUCAAAGGAAGAGGAAGAAGAGAUUGACCCUCUCGACGCUUUUAUGUCUGAACUUGCAGAUUCGGGUCCUCCAAAGAAAAAAACAUUUGGUUCAAAAAUCUUGCGCACCAAGGAACAACAGCCCGAGGCUAUUUUCGGCGACGAGCACGAUGUCGAUGUCACUGCUGUCGGUGAGGGCGAUGCGGAGGAUUUCCUUGCUAUCGCUAAUAAGGCGAAGAAGAAGAAAGAUAUUCCAUCUGUUGACCACGGGAAAGUGGAGUAUGAACCAUUCCGCAAACAGUUCUAUACCGAAUCUACAGAUCUUGCGCAGAUGUCCGAGGAAGAAGCCGCUAGCUUACGGUUGGAACUCGAUGGAAUUAAAGUCCGAGGGCUGGAUGUCCCAAAGCCGGUGCAGAAAUGGUCACAAUGCGGACUAGGAAUUCAAACCCUGGAUGUUAUCGAAAAGCUUGGUUUUGAGAGUCUGACGUCUAUUCAGGCACAGGCGAUUCCGGCUAUUAUGGCCGGUCGUGAUGUGAUUGGUGUGGCGAAGACAGGAUCCGGAAAGACAAUGGCAUUUUUGAUUCCUAUGUUCCGCCAUAUCAAAGAUCAACGGCCCUUGGAAAACAUGGAAGGUCCCGUAGGGCUAAUCAUGACGCCCACUCGUGAACUAGCAACACAGAUUCAUAAAGACUGCAAACCUUUCUUAAAGGCAUUGAAUCUUCGAGCUGUGUGCGCUUAUGGUGGUGCCCCAAUCAAGGAUCAGAUUGCCGAUUUGAAACGCGGCGCAGAGAUAAUCGUUUGCACCCCGGGACGGAUGAUUGAUCUUCUGACUGCGAACGCCGGCAGAGUGACUAACUUGCGCAGAGUUACGUAUGUCGUCCUGGAUGAGGCAGAUCGUAUGUUUGACAUGGGCUUUGAGCCUCAAGUUAUGAAAAUUUUGGCCAAUGUGCGACCCGAUCGCCAAACGGUGCUCUUCUCGGCAACUUUUCCUCGAAAUAUGGAAGCUCUAGCCCGCAAGACCUUAACCAAGCCCAUUGAAAUAGUUGUUGGCGGGAAGAGUGUUGUUGCUCCGGAGAUUACCCAGAUUGUCGAAGUUCGUAACGAUGACAAGAAGUUUGUCCGGCUUCUGGAACUGCUGGGUAACUUGUAUUCAAGCGACGAGAACGAAGAUGCACGGGCGUUGAUCUUUGUUGAUCGCCAGGAAGCCGCUGACGCUCUCCUUCGAGAACUGAUGCGCAAGGGUUACCCCUGCAUGUCGAUCCACGGUGGGAAGGAUCAAAUCGACCGCGACUCUACCAUUGAGGACUUCAAAGCGGGCAUCUUCCCAGUUCUCAUUGCAACAUCUGUCGCUGCACGAGGUCUUGAUGUCAAGCAGCUGAAGCUCGUUGUGAACUAUGAUGCGCCAAACCAUCUGGAAGAUUAUGUGCACCGUGCCGGACGUACCGGGCGUGCUGGAAAUACUGGAACAGCGGUGACUUUCUUGACGGAAGAUCAGGAGCGUUAUUCGGUUGAUAUCGCCAAGGCUCUAAAACAGAGUGGCCAGAAGGUGCCGGAAGCUGUUCAAAAGAUGGUGGAUUUCUUCUUGGAAAAGGUGAAGGCUGGAAAAGAGAAGGCUAACACAUCUGGGUUUGGCGGCAAAGGUUUGGAGCGACUGGAUCAGGAACGUGAUGCAGCAAGGAUGCGCGAACGACGUACGUACAAGACCGGAGAGGAAGGUGAGGAGGAAGAGGAGCGGGAGGAGAAGAAGGAGCAGGCUGAAGAUCGGUUCAAUAAAGCCAUUUCUUCUGUCCAGUCUGCCGCCGCACCAUCGAUGCCCGGUGUUCCCAAGGGCAUCGACCUGGAUGGCAAGAUCACCGUGCAUAAAACAGAGAAGGAUACAUCUGGCGCCACCAAGAAUCCUCUGGACAAGGUGGGCUCGGCAGUUGCCGAUAUUCACGCUCGUCUCAGCCGUGCGGGAGUGAUGAGAUCCGGAGUGCCUAUCGAUAAUCGCGGGCCCGAUGCUGGUGCCUUCCACGCUACAUUGGAGAUCAACGACUUUCCCCAAAAAGCUCGUUGGGCGGUUACGAAUCGUACGAACGUUGCCAAGAUUCUCGAGGCUACCGGAACAUCCAUCACCACCAAAGGUAGUUUCUACGCAACUGGCAAAGAGCCCGGUCCGGGAGAAAAUCCCAAGUUGUAUAUUCUGGUUGAAGGGGAAACUGAACUGGCUGUGACCAAUGCUAUGCGAGAGUUGAUGCGGUUACUGAAGGAGGGCACAAUCGCUGCAGCUGAUAGCGAAGCCAGGGCUCCUGCAUCAGGCCGGUAUAACGUGGUAUAGAUUAGUGCGAUGGUGGUGUACCUGUAUGAUAUUCAAUGCACCUUUCCAUUGACAUGUAGAUCUUUUUGGGCCUCCCCCCCCCCACAAUCGUAAACCGAGUAGAUGCUGGAUACCAAUAAACAAACCCUCCCAGAUAUCAAAAUAAAUCAAAAUCAGCAUAUGUACGAUGGUGGUAUACGUAUUUACAACUCCUUUUCCUUUAAUCCCACCUCCUCGCUUCCGACGCAUCGUCCGCAUCCCUCGCAGCUCUCUGCUCCCCACUCGCCUCGCUCAGCGUCUGCGCGUGAGUUUUGGCCUUUUGCGCCGCCAGCUUGGUCCCUAGUUUCCCUUUACCCGUAGCCUCCUCUGCUCGUUUCUCCCCGGU